GCGUAAUUAAUACGCUCCGAGAGAGAUAAGGCGUCGUAACACUGACGGCGUUAUGCGACACAGUCUGAUCGAUGGCUCCGUGCUACAAAACGUCCCGAACACUGGAAUGUUGGGCUCGAACGCACCUAAACUCUUAUUUCCGUGUAAAAUAAAGUAAACAACGGAAUACGUGUGAUGAAAUUAUCAGGAGCUGGUUUUCCGUUUCACUCGGUGUGGCGUGGCAGGCUGGGCUCGAUCUGUGUGUGGAUCACUUCCAAACUAAAUCAGUAACAGGACGCGUGUAAAUGAUUGGAUUUAAAGACCGUAACACACUAGUUAGCUAACGUUACUUCCAACUGCAAACAUGGAGACUAAACUUAAGACUGCAGCUCAGACUGCUCAGGACAUGGAGCGAGAAACACAGUAUUGUGAACUUUGUGGGAAAAUGGAGAAUCUCCUAAAGUGCGGCCGGUGUCGAAACUCGUUUUACUGCAGCAAGGAGCACCAAAAGCAGCACUGGAAAAUGCACAAGGUGAAUUGUAAAGAAUCCGAGGUAAAACCACAGGUUUCAAAACAGAAGUCUGCUGAACCUCAGGCACCGUCCGGGGGGAUAGAGGGACAGACACUACCGUCACCACAACUAAAGACACGCGUCCAACCCGACAACACCGCAUCUCCGAGCGGAGAGACAAGAAUGAAAGGUUUUAUAACUAACGCAGAGUGCGCUGGCUCCUCGGUCGGGAAACCAGGCGGGUCGAACACCAAACCCAACGGACAGACCACCACCCGGUCCACGCCUCAGAAUCUCGCCAUGGAGUACAUCGUCCCGUGUAUGAUCAAGCAUGGGAUAUGUGUUGUUGACAACUUCCUCGGCGGUGAAACGGGGCUGGCCAUCUUGGAAGACGUCAAAUUGUUGCAUAAAACCGGGAAGUUUACCGACGGUCAGUUGGUCAGUCAGAAAACGGACUCCACUAAAGACAUUAGGGGAGAUAAGAUCACAUGGAUCGAGGGCCGAGAGACCGGAUGUGAGAAGAUCUGCUUCCUCAUGAGCCGGAUGGAUGAUCUGGUCAGACAUUGUAAUGGUCAGCUGGGAAACUUUACAAUAAAUGGAAGGACUAAAGCGAUGGUGGCGUGUUACCCAGGCAACGGGACCGGAUACGUACGCCAUGUGGACAAUCCGAACGGAGACGGGCGAUGUGUCACCUGUAUAUACUACCUAAAUAAAGACUGGGACACCAAGGAACAUGGGGGUGUUCUGCGUAUCUUCCCAGAGGGUAAAGCUCAGUUUGCCGACAUCGAGCCUAAGUUUGACCGGUUGCUGUUUUUCUGGUCAGACAGACGGAACCCACACGAGGUCCAGCCCGCCCACGCUAUCAGGUAUGCCAUCACAGUGUGGUAUUUUGAUGCUGAUGAGCGAGCCAGGGCUAAAGAGAAAUACCUAACAGGAGCUGGAGAGAAAGGAGUGAAGGUGGAACUGAACAAACCAUCAGACCCCAGCUAGUGAGAGAGGAGAGCGGAGAAAAAGAGAGAAGAGAGGAGGGGAGGGGAGGAGACCAGAGGAGGGAGGAGAGAGAGGAGGAGACAGGAGCGGAGCAGAGAGGGGGGAGGAGAGGGGGGAGGAGACACCCCAUCUACCAGCCAAGACCCCCCCCUCCAGCCAUGAAGUGCUAUGCCCUGAGAAAGGGAGAGGCCUAAACCAAGAGAGAGGGUGUAAGAGAGAGAGAGAGGGAGUAUUUCUUUAUGUUUUCUGGAGCUCUACGGGUGGACUGAUUCCACAACUGACCUUGCAUGUCAUGACGUCACAGUACUGCAAGGAGAGACUGUCCCUUCUCUGCUUGUGGCCCAAAAGGGACCCUAUUUCCUACAUAGUGCACUAGUGACCAAAAAAUAGAUGCUCAAUGGAGAAUAUCCAUUGAACUAGCUUUUUAUUCCAGGACUAAGCUAUGGGCCCUGGUCAAAUGUAGUGCACUCUGUAGGGAAACCGGUUCCAUUUGGGACAAAGUCUGUGGCUUUUUGGUGAAGACGAUGCUGAGAAAAAAGAAGCUGCCAUUUAGAGAACUCUUUGAGCUUCAGGAUCCAACCGACCCCUGAGAGACUGUCGUUCUGUUGUCUUUCACCAUGUUCUGGUGUUGAGCUUCAGGAUCCAACCGACCCCUGAGAGACUGUCGUUCUGUUGUCUUUCACCAUGUUCUGGUGUUGAGCUUCAGGAUCCAACCGACCCCUGAGAGACUGUCGUUCUGUUGUCUUUCACCAUGUUCUGGUGUUGAGCUUCAGGAACCAACCGACCCCUGAGAGACUGUCGUUCUGUUUUCUUUCACCAUCUUCUGGUGUUGAGCUUCAGGAACCAACCGACCCCUGAGAGACUGUGGUUCUGUUGUAUUUUACAUGUUCUGGUGUUGUGGUUGAUUCCUUAAAGGUACAGAGUCCAUACUGACGAACUCUGAGUUAACCGUAUUGCGAGUGCGUCUCGGAAGCAAGGCAUCUAAUUGGGACAGCUAACAGGUUUAAGGGUUCAUUCAGAGUUCGUAAGUAUGGACCCACAGUGUUUUGCUUGUUGUGUUGAUGCGGUUUACAAGGAAUAAGCUGUUUUAAGCUUUUUGUUCAAUGAGCUUGUGGAGGUUUUUUAAUUAAAUGAGGAGAGAUUUCAAUUAAAAAUGUUUUUGAUAACAUGAGAAGAGAUUUCAUUUUUAAAGGUUUUUGAUAACAUGAGAGAUUUCAAUUAAAAAUGUUUUGAUAACAUGAGAAGAGAUCUCAAUAAAAAAAUUUGACAGUA